AUGCGGCUGGCAGGCCGAGUUGGCCACAACAAUCCAGUUUUUAGUGACCAUUUGUGCAUCGAGGCGAGUGGAGGAGCAACAGCAAGCGAGCAUUGCGCAAUUGUUUACAAUUGCCGACGGAGAGCUAGAGUUCUCUAGAGAGAGAGGAAAAGCUGUGAAAGAGAGCCAAAGCUUUUCCGCAGCAUCCUUUUCUCCUUUAAUUCCCUUUCGACGUUGCCUGUGCGAAGAACGGAUGCCAAAUUUUCCAACACAUCAUUUCGGACCGAAGUAAACACGACAGCUAACAACAAAAAAAAAAUUGUUAAAAAUUCAAAAUUACGAAAUUAGUGAAAUUAAAUUCAAAACGAUUAGUAGUGCAACAGAAUGCGGGGCGAGGAGGCGACCUACAGGCGCACCACGCGCGAGAAGAUUGUGCUGCGAGGGAAUACAACCAUCCGCACCGUGGACUCCACUUCCACAUACCUGCCCGUGAUGAGUCCUGCGGGCUCAUCCACACCUCCGACAAGCCUUUCGCACAUGGCCCGGAUGAUGGACUCCCUGAUCCUGGACUCGCUGUCCCCAUUUGCCUUCACAAAGAUCACGGCCACCAGUCGACCAUCUCGUAACGCCAGCUUGAAGAAGAGCUCGGAUGGCGGACACUCCUCGACAGCGGAGCGCCAUCGGCCUAUCAACAACCUGGGCUCGAAUGCACCUGGAGGAUUGGGCAUUGGGGGAAGUAUCCCCUUGCGCAGCAAGCAGCGGCUACCCACGCAAGUCUCCGCAGCAGAAGUGGCACCACAACCCCGAGCCAGUCAGACGGCCCAGAUGCCAUUUCCAUCGCAGCAGCAGGAUAAUCGAUGGGUGUCCUCCCUGCGCCGUCGUGAUCCCGAGCUGCAGCCCACACUACCCUCCAUCAACAGCAAUGCGAACAGCAGCAGCCUUAGCCAGAGUCACCACGGUAGUGCCGGCAACGUGGGAUUGGCGGGAGCAGGAGGAGGAGCACCUACACCGGCCGUCAGCAUGGGCGCGGUUCGCCUGGGGCGUCCUGCAAGGGCAUCCGCUGUGACCGCCGCCUUACGGAAAAGCCGAUCCGUGGAGCGCCUGCGGGCCAGAAAGCUGAGCACGAACACACAGCUUAACUUGAAGCACAAGCCAGUGAAGAAGAACUCGCUGGACGAAAACUCAAACUCGGAUGACCAAGACGCCACUACAUCUCUGGAGGACAACUCGCAUGCCCAGUCCCUAGCCACCAGUCACAACACGCCCAAGUGCUCGCCCAAGACCAAGGCCAAGCACUUCUCGCCCUUGGGCUAUGAGGUCCAUCUGGUGGACACCCUGGAAAAGGACAUCCUGCAGCGGCAUCCUUGCAUUAAGUGGACUGAUGUGGCUGGGCUCAAUGAGGCCAAGACAAUACUCCAGGAAGCAGUGGUGCUGCCGGUAAUCAUGCCGGAGUUCUUCAAGGGAAUCCGGCGACCGUGGCGUGGAGUUUUGAUGGUCGGUCCGCCGGGAACAGGCAAAACAAUGCUGGCCAAGGCGGUGGCCACAGAAUGUGGAACAACCUUCUUUAACGUGUCGUCCUCCACCCUUACCUCCAAGUACCGUGGAGAGAGCGAGAAGCUGGUCCGGCUUCUGUUUGAGAUGGCUCGCUUUUAUGCGCCCAGCACCAUUUUUAUCGACGAGAUCGACGCCCUAUGCGCCUCCAGGGGCAGUGACUCGGAGCACGAGGCCAGUCGCCGGUUCAAGGCCGAGCUGCUCAUCCAAAUGGACGGACUAAAUGCGAGCAUGCAGGAGGAGAAGGUGAUCAUGGUACUGGCGGCCACCAAUCACCCGUGGGACAUCGAUGAGGCCUUCCGGAGACGUUUUGAAAAGCGCAUCUAUAUUCCUCUACCAAACGAGGACACCCGAUCGGCUCUGCUGAAGCUAUGUCUGAAGGACGUAUGCUUGUCGCCCAGUCUGAACACGGGAAUGAUCGGCGACGAGUUGCAGGGCUACUCGGGGUCGGACAUAAGCAACGUGUGCCGUGACGCCUCCAUGAUGGCCAUGCGGCGCCUCAUUUCGGGACGCACUCCCGAUCAGAUUAAGCAGAUACGCCGCGAGGAGGUGGAUCAGCCGAUUACUUUGCAGGACUUCCAGGACGCCCGUCUGCGCACCAAGAAGUCCGUGUCCGCCGACGACGUUGCACGCUUCGAAAAGUGGAUGGAGGAAUAUGGGUCUUGCUAGUUGUAUGGCCUGCUGGCCCAGCACCCUCGAUGAUUGUAUCCCAUGUGUACUUCCAAGUCCCGAUCGCAAUAAUUUGUAACCUGUAUAAAUCGAACUCGUUAGCCGUAUAUACGCUUAUUUGCUCAAGUGCCCCACGCCCAGCAUUGCUCCUCUAUGUACGUGCACACGGUAAUCUGAUAUCUUAUAAAUACAUAAAGUAUACACUAAAAA